AUGCAAUCAGAAAACUUAGCCAUAAAAUUGCCAGUUUUUGAGGGUGAAAAUGAUCACUUAUGGGCAACUAGAAUGGAAGCUUAUCUUGAUGCUAAUGAUCUUUGGGAGGCUUUUGAGGAUGAGUAUGUGAUUGAUCCAUUACCGGACAAUCGAACGGUUGCACAAAUUAAAAAUCAUAAGACGAAAAAGCAGCGAAAAUUAAAUGCAAAGUCUUAUCUUUUUUCUGCUAUUUCUGAAGCAAUCUUUACAAGAAUUAUGACUCUGAAGUCGGCCAAAGCAAUUUGGGAUUUUCUCAAGCAGGAGUAUGAAGGAAAUGAGAAAAUCAAAGGGAUGCAAGUGCUGAAUUUGAUCAGAGAAUUUGAGAUGCAGCACAUGAAGGAGUUCGAAACAAUCAAGGAAUAUUCUGACAAACUUCUAAGCAUCGUCAACAAUGUAAGAUUGCUUGGAACUGAAUUUUCUGAUACAAGGAUAGUCCAAAAAAUUCUUGUAACUGUUCCUGAGAGAUUUGAGUCCACCAUUUCUUCUCGGGAAAAUUCCAAAGAUCUAUCAAACAUUACUUUGUCUGAAUUGGUGUAUGCUUUACAAGCCCAAGAACAAAGGAGACUUAUGAGGGAGGAAGGCACGAUUGAAGGUGCUUUACAAGCAUAA